CAACUAUUUCCAACGAUGUCUCUCUGGGUAGACAAAUUCAGACCAAAGACUUUGGAUGACCUUCACUACCACCAGAGUUUGUCUAUUCGAUUAAAAUCUCUGGCUGCGUCAGCCGACUUCCCACACAUGCUCUUCUACGGGCCUUCUGGAGCUGGAAAGAAGACACGGAUCAGCUGUACUCUAAGGCAGUUGUUUGGGAGUGGUGUUGAGAAGCUCAAAAUUGAUCAACGAGUGUUUAUCUCACCGUCGAAACGCAAGCUGGAAAUAAACGUUGUUCAAAGCAAUUUUCACAUCGAGAUCACUCCCAGUGAGGCCGGAAAUUAUGACAGAGUUGUCAUUCAAGAUUUGCUAAAGGAAAUUGCGCAGACACAGCAGGUAGACUUGAACGCGAAGCAUAGAUUCAAAGUCGUCGUGAUUAACGAAGCGGACUCUCUUUCCCGUGAUGCCCAAGCAGCGUUACGUCGAACGAUGGAGAAAUACAUGUCAAACAUGCGGAUAAUACUAUGCGCCAACAGCACCAGCAGACUAAUAGCACCAAUAAAGAGUCGUUGUCUACUUAUGCGAGUCGCUGCACCGACCCCAGAAGAAAUGCAAAAUGUCUUGGAACAUGUAGCGAAGAAACUGAAGUUCGACUUACCUGAAGAAGCAUCACAACAGAUCGCCGAAGACUCUGGUGGCAACAUGCGAAAAGCAUUACUCGUCUUCGAAGCCCUGAAAAUGCAAUCGCCAGAUCUUUCAGGUUCACUGACAAUAGCCAAACCAGACUGGGAAAUCUACUGUCACAAGGUCGCUGAUCUCAUCGUCCAAGAACAGUCACCAGCACGCGUUUUGGAAGUCCGGGGAAAACUCUACGAGCUUCUUGCCCACUGCAUUCCCCCAACGAUCAUAUUGAAGACCGUUGCAGAGCGGGUGGUGGAGAGAGUGGACGAGGCUAUGAAAGCCGAUGUUAUGCAUUGGGCUGCAUUUUAUGAGACCCGAAUGCGACUUGGCAACAAAAAGAUUUAUCACCUAGAGGCUUGGGUAGUGAAGGUCAUGAGUUUAUACAAGCACUUUAUGUACAACUUCGAUAUGGCGGACUUUGAGUAGAUAUUAUUACAAUAUUGUAGCACUAGUUUUCUCUAUGAUAUCAGCAGGCCGUCUUCUUGCGGUUGAGCACAGCCACUGCGCCAAA